UUUGCUUUCUUUCUGCUUGAAGCUCAAAUCUGCGAUCUGAAUCCAAUCGAUCACCAGUGAGACAGAGAAGCAGAUUAACAAUGGCAGUUGCAGGGCCCGACCCGUUGUUUGGACUGAGAAACAACUUCUACUUGGGAGCAUACCAAGCCGCCAUCAACAACAGCGAGGUCCCUAAUCUCUCCCCGGACGACGUCGUUGAGAGAGACGCUCUCGUCUUCAGAUCCUACAUUGCCCUCGGCAGCUACCAGCUCGUCAUCAGUGAGAUCGAUGCCUCAGCCUCUACUCCUCUCCAAGCCGUCAAAUUGCUCGCUAUUUACCUCUCCGGCCCCGAGAAGAAGGAAAUGGUGAUUUCAAGUCUCCAUGAGUUGCUAGGGGAUCCAGCUGUUGGAAGCAAUCCCAUCUUGCGCCUUAUUGCUGGGAUCAUUUUCAUGCAUGAGCAGGAUUACAAUGAAGCUUUGAAGUAUACAAAUGCUGGAGGAACUAUGGAAUUGCAUGCUUUGAAUGUCCAGAUCUUUAUUAAGAUGCACAGAUCAGAUUAUGCUGAGAAACAAUUGAGGAUCAUGCAACAAAUUGAUGAAGACCAUACACUGACCCAACUUGCAAAUGCUUGGUUAAACAUGGCUGUGGGUGGGUCAAAGAUACACGAAGCAUAUCUUAUCUUCCAGGAUUUCUCUGAGAAGUACCCUAUGACUAGCUUGGUCCUGAAUGGCAAGGCUGUUUGCUGCAUGCACAUGGGAAAUUUUGAUGAUGCUGAGACACUAUUGCUUGAAGCCUUAAACAAGGAUGCAAAGGAUCCUGAAACACUGGCAAAUCUGGUUGUUUGCAGUCUUCACCUUGGGAAACCAUCUUCACGCUAUCUCAGCCAAUUGAAAUUGUCUCAUCCGAAUCACAUGCUUGUGAAACGCUCAUCUUCUGCAGAGGAGACUUUUGACAGAGCGGUGCAAACUAUUGCUUAAGGAACCCCGAGGCAUGCAAGUUUUACCACCCUAGAGAAGAGCUAUAUCAAGACUGAACCAAAGGCACCAACACUGCAUUUUGUCUUUCCAUCCAACAACUAAGAGAAUGGUUUGUACUAAGACUGUUUAUAUUAAACUCACUGGAUUUUCAUAUUGGAGUCGUUUUAUAGUUUGUUGCACCAGAUCUUUCCUAUAUACACAUCAUUUUCUCA